CACUUGAUAACCAAAGCCAAGGGCUGAUCUCGGCCUCACUCCACAACAAAUCAUCAACCGAGUGGAAUCAUCCAAUAAGUUGGACUACCCGAGAUUCUCAUCAUCCGCUCAGCACCUUUGGCCACCUUCAAACCUCAUGAGACAGAGUGAGACAGGUUGUAUUCGUCAGUUCUGUUCGACAGCUCAACUGCGUCUCAUCUCAUCUCCACCUCCGCCGAGACACCAGUAUUCCCCAAAGAUGAUAAGCCAUAUUUUUUUGGGAAAGUUGACACACGACGAGUAAAUAAGCAGAGAGGAGUCGUCUCGUAUACAAGCACUUGGUUAAUUUAGUGAUCCUCCUUCUCGGCCCAUUAACUCGGUCUCUUGGUUUUGAGGAAAGAGAGGGAAAGUGAGUGAGUCCACACCGGAAGGAAACUUGUCAAUUUACACUCAAACGCUCACUUUAUUCUCGUAACCAACCACCACCACUGGCCAAGAGACUGCUCGCCACAACUUGUAGCAAGUUGUCUCAUGUUGACUCUUUGUGAUCCGUUUUAGUGGUGAAAGUGACUGACUGACUCAAAUAUUCGGGGUUUGCAGAUCUGUACAAUUGUCGUAAACACUGGUUCUCUCUGGCGUGCUGGUAAUUUGUGGUGGUGAAUUCGAUUCGAAGGUGAAAGUUUUUCGUGCCUGGAGGGAAAGUGGGUGAGAAAAGCGUCACACUGCCGGCAUCUCAACUUUCGCCCGCAGCCUCAUGGCCGGGCUGUACAGAUCGCUCAAACCCUCACCAUCACCAUUCCGGUUCCAAUUCAUCAGAACCUAUGCCUCACAAAGAUUUCCAAGGCCAAAUUCUGGAUUAAAACUAACCACAGGACUUUAAGGAUAGAGACGCGAUGAUACACGCAGACAACCAACUAGGCCACAGUGGAGUCAAUCAAUUAGGCGGUGUUUUUGUGAGUGGCCGUCCUCUACCUGAUUCCACGCGACAAAAAAUUGUAGAGUUAGCUCAUUCCGGUGCCCGCCCUUGCGACAUCUCAAGGAUAUUGCAAGUGUCCAAUGGCUGCGUCUCCAAAAUAUUGGGACGGUACUAUGAAACCGGGUCGAUCAGACCACGCGCAAUUGGAGGGAGCAAACCUCGCGUCGCAACGUUAGACGUUGUGAACAAAAUAGCCAAUUACAAACGGGAGUGUCCGUCGAUAUUCGCGUGGGAAAUCAGGGAUCGCCUCUUAUCCGAGGGAAUUUGUACAAAUGACAACAUUCCAAGUGUAUCAUCUAUCAACCGCGUGCUGCGCAAUUUAUCAUCCCGGAAGGACCCGUGUGACGGAAUAAUUACGUCACCAAUGAGUCCAUCCGAUCACCAGGAUCAAAUUGCCCAGGACAAGCUGAGGCUGUUGGGAGGAGGAGGACACCAAAACUGGCCGAGGGGACAGUGGUACUCUUGCAACUCGUACGGAGCAAGUGGAAUUCGAAGUCCGGAGGAUUCUAACGGAUGCAUAAAUUCCUCAUCCCCCAUAGACCCAUACACCGUCAAGAAAGGGCAACUUUCGGAUAAUGGGAGUCCUUGUGGAGGAGACAACAGUUCUGUGGCGUCCGAGGGUCCGGCCUCCUCCCUCGACGACCAGGCCCGGCUUCGUUUGAAGAGGAAGCUGCAGCGGAACAGAACUUCCUUCACGAACGAGCAGAUCGAGAGCUUAGAAAAGGAGUUUGAGCGUACUCACUACCCAGACGUUUUUGCAAGAGAGAGAUUAGCCUCCAAAAUUGGUAUGGGUCUGCCCGAAGCAAGGAUACAAGUUUGGUUUAGCAAUCGUAGGGCAAAAUGGAGACGUGAAGAGAAACUGAGAAACCAACGCCGGCCUGGUGACCCAUCCUCGCAGCCUACACCCCCACACUCGCAACAACAACAACAACAGCAACAACACCACCAGCAACAAAGUCACCAACAACCACCACCCCCUUCUCCUUCAAGGGUCAUCACAAACGGAAACGCGUUUCACCACUCUUCCGUCUACCCGAUCCAUCCUCCAAGCACUCAUGCACCCUCGGACCAUUACGGGAUUGGUGCCGUGGCCCCCUUCACAAGUCAUGGGAGCAUGAUGGGGAAUUCUGGGCCUGGAGGGAUGGUCACAACAUCCGGGGCUCACUGCCUGCAACGGGACGGGAAUCCAGAUGUGGUUCUUAGCUCCUCGUCAUAUCCAUGCAUGGCACGAUCUCAUUACGACCCAUUGGGACUCGCCUCUACCUAUUCGCCAGUCAGACCCACAGACAAUUACCACCAAGCUCAAUAUUCCGCUGCGCCAGGAUUCUAUUUGCCUUCUUAUCAUUCACUUUAUGGUCUAGAAACGGUCCAUGAGAAAAACUAGCAGCAUUUUAGUAUCAGUUCAAACCAACAACAUCAUCACCUUCUUUCCACAUCUCGAGUGAAAAUACUCCGACAAGAAACUGCUCCCUUUCUUCUCGAUGGAUGGAUGGAUGGAUAGAUAGGAAAUGAGAAACAAACUUGCACUGUUCAUGGAGAAAGUGAAACUCAAUCCCAAACGUAACAACAGAAUUAAUUGCUACACAAACUCUACUCAUUUUCCUCUCCCCGUUCCGACUUCUUAAUAUGUGUUGAUGUUAACGUUACAGAAAAUGAAAUGAGACCCAUAUUUUAAUCCGAGUCGGCUAUCAGUAUUAUUAGUUUUAAGUAGUUGCAUAUAAACAUACUAGAAAAAAGGUGAAAAUAUUAAACAAUUACAAAUGUAUGUGCAUAUACAACACAUGCAUUUAUGUAUGAUCGUUAUUAUUUAUUUAUUAUAUUACAUAAUAGCUUAAAUAUACAUAUAAUUAUAAAUAUAUGUAAAAGAGUACCAUUGUGAUACUAAUAAUGCUGUGUAACUUUUAACUUAAUUUAACAAAACAUAUAUGUAUACUGGGGUGGAAACGAUGUGACUUUCUCCCCAAUUAUUUGUGUCCAUUUCUUACCAAUCCUGAUCAAUUAGGGUUGGUGACGAUGGAAGGAUUUCAAAAUAUCUACUUAUACGAAAUAUUUGCAUAAGUUUAAACUCUACUUUCUACAAAUGACAUAAUCUCAGACUCAUCGUGCAAGUGUUAUUUUAUUUUUUUGUUACUUUGACAGUGGAAUUCUGUGCACUAUUAACAAAACAGCGUUCCUAAUUAUAGACAAAUAAUGUCACUAUUUUCGGAACGGAUUCAUAAUAAAUAUGUUCUGCAGCAGCAGGGUAUCCCGUAAUUAUCACAAAUUCAAGCCACCAUGCUCAGGAAUUUCAUUUAGUAUUAACUUGUUUCUACAUAUUUUAAAUUCAGGCAUAUUAAAUGCUUCCCUAUUCAUUUACGAGUUGUCGUAUACUAUUUAAAAAAGGCCAGAUCAGGCUACAUAUUUAACAGACAAAAACGAUUAACGACGCAGCAGAGGAAAAAGAACACAAACUAAAUGUUUAGAUACUUACUAUUGUCUAGUCCAAGUCAUUUUAGAACCACGAGGAGGAAAAUUAUCAAAGCUUUUUAGCUUUGUAUAACGUUGUAAGUACGGUAUUUCAUUAUAUUCUGCUGAUAAUGUACUACACUUGAGUAGAUAAAAUAUAAUCUUAAGACGACUAUUGCUAAUAUUAAUGUAGGUUUUGUUGAAAUGAUACAUACAACUUUAUGACUCAAGAAAGUUUUAUCCUGUAAGUAUUUAGAUAAAUGGUGUCACAGUUGUAAACUUUUAAAAAUAAAUCAUGCCAUCAGAAACCAAAUUAGUUUUAUAAUUCAAUGUCGCAUUUUUAUUACUGAAAUUUGUCAUCUGCUCUUUUGAUUAAAUAGUUGUACAAUUGGAUAAUUGCUCUUUUCAUAACAUGUAAAAAGGUAAAGUCAUUCAUUCAUAAACAGCUAAAGAACAUAUUGCCUAAAAAUAUUAAGGUUUACAUACUUUUGCCUACUCUGAAGUUAUACGAAAAAACCGAAAAACAUACACACCUUUCUAAUUUGGAACAUUUUGAAAAUGGUUGCAUUCAAAGUUUCCAGAACUUGAAUUUUUUAAGUUUGUAGUUUGAGAUUUACUGAAAAGAGAACUUGUAGGUGUAGUUCAUUGUUACAAGUUGGAAAUAGCAUUUUACAUAUGUGUCACAAGUUCCCAUUUUCUAACUAUUAAAUUACAUCUAUAAUUCAUAGUACAAAAGUUCAGCAAAACAUACCAACAUAGAAGAUACAUUUUCUGUCUGAGAAGUAUUGAGAGGUAAAUAAAACAACAUUGGAAUAAAUUUGUCACGUUAAAACAUUUAGAACACGUAUGGAUUUAAAAAUUAGUCAAAUCAUAGGAUGCAUUCAUACAAAAUUCAAAGCCAAAAGGACUUUCUUUUGAAUUAAAAUAUAUU